AUGGGUGAAAUGGCUUCCUACGAACAUGAAUUUACUGCAGAUCAAAAUGCAAGUAACGACCCAUUGAAAUUAUCAUCCACUGCUAAAAAGCGAAACAGGAUAUCGUUUGUUUGUCAAGCUUGCCGAAGGUCCAAGACAAAAUGUGAUCGCGAGAAGCCAACAUGUGGACGAUGUGCACAACAUGGCAUUCCUUGUAUAUAUGACGUAGAGAAGCAAUCUGCUCCCAAAAAUCCUAGCAAAGAUGCUAAAAUAGCACGUUUGGAAAGAGAUUUGGAGUAUUGGAAGAACAAGGCGCUGAAUGAAUUGCCCGACCAUAAAACCAUCGGUCCUUCGAAAAGACCCUUUAAAACUGAAAAUAAUAAUGGAAGUCAGAAGGCUGCAAGAGUUUCGAGCACCAAUGAGGACUUACUCAGCUAUGAAAAUGGUCACAUUGAGGAUAUACAAAUUAAUAUUUACAAGAAUCAUCCAAGUAUGAUUAUGAACAGAAUUAUGAAGAGGGAGGUAAAACCGUUAGCGGAAAAUUACGCUAUAACACAGGACAAAUUUUUAUCUGGCCUUAUCGCUUCAGUAUUUCUUGAGGGCUCCAAAAAUACAAUGAUUCCUGCCCUCACAGCUAAUGCAAGCGUUUAUAGAGCCCAGCCUUCAGUGAGAGACAAUGUCUUGAAGAUCAAAGAAAUGCUUAUACGACAGUGCCACAGCGAACCUCAAAAGAAUAGGAUAAAUGAGUUCACCGAAAGGAUUCUUCAAAAUACCACCACAGAUAAUAAUUUACGUUUAGGAAUGCUGCCUGCACCCGUUAUGAGCACAUCUGAUCGUCUCUCAAUAGAAGAUUUCUGCCCCAACAAUGGUGAGUAUUCAGAUCUUCUCAAAUCUUUUAUAAAACGAAUGGAAUUGAUUCUACCUCCAGUUGAGAUUAUAAACAAGUAUAAGGAAAACUUCUACGAAAACAUUUUCCCAAAGCUGCCAUUUUUAAACAUUCAAUCAUUCGAAGACUCCCUGAGCAAUACACUCUUUCCAGAUGAAAAUGAUCCCUCCAAAGUCAGGAUACUCUUGAGCAACUCGAGAAUAAGAAGCAAAAUGGAAAAUCUGUCCACCUUACUCGUUAUGUUAAAAUUGUCCUACAUAUCCCUUAGAUUUAUCGAUGAAAGCUCACCAGAUUAUAAAUACCGAGUUGAGGAAAAAAUCCUUGAAGAGUACCCAAUAGGAGGUGAUUUUAUACUUUUGGCUGAGAAUUGCCUACUCGCACAAAACUUGUACUCGUGUGCGAACGAGAACAUAAUUACCUGUCUGCUUUAUAUUUGGUCCUUUUUUGUUUAUUCCCCAGAAGAAGGGGACUUUUUCCUGGAACACCCCACAGAUGUCCUUGGGGGUUUAAUCGUAAUGCUUGGUACAUCGAUUGGGCUGCAUCGAGAUCCCUCAGAAUUUUCUCCACUAUGUCGCUUAUCCAAAACUGAAGUAGGAUUGCUCAACCAUAGAAGAUUGCUUUGGGUUGCUAUAACUACCGUCAUUUGCUUCGAGUCUUGCCUGAAGGGUCGAUAUCCCCUUUCACUCGAAGUUGCAAUGAACCAAUUUAUUGACUUCCGUAAAGAAAAUGCAUUGGACAUCUAUCUAGAAAGAGUUAAACAAGAUAUGAUUUCGUUUAAUUCAGAUGUCUUGCGCUUGCAUGAAAGUGGCUUUCAGCAAGCUUUGUUAGCCCUUCUCAUUUCUGAUUUGGAUAGAAUGACUCUCAAUUAUAAAAAAACGUUCUCGCUAUAUUCUUUUGAAGCCCUUCGCGGGAGAAUUGAACAGUAUGUCGAAUAUGGCACCUUCUCAACUGAUGUAAAGUCAACUGAUGUAAAUAUCCAAUCCUCGAAGAAUAUUAAUCAUGGAAAGAAAAUCGCGGAAGACAAGGUGAGGGGUAAUUUUAUCGGACAACACCCUCUUACCAUGAGCAGGCUAAUCUUAUUGCGCUCUUCAAUGGCCCUAUUUUUCCAUUUUGAAUUUUGCCUGUUGCAGGAAAGACAUUUCAUGCAGUACUAUAAAAGAUAUUUUCUCAAAGUUUGUGCAGACUCAGUGUCGCUCGCUAAUUGCAUUACUCAAAUGUUCAGUGAGUGCUACAAAGCCACAUCUCUACCAUCAAAUAACUACUAUAUUACAAAGGCUGCUCAAAUGGCGCUGUCUUCGAACUUUUUUGGACUUUUAGGGAUGAUAUUGAGAAUAGAACUGGCAGGAAAUGUGCUGUUUGCCAAGUACCACGACAGUUCUACAAGGGCUGGAGAUGACCAGCUGCAGGAGUAUGCUCAAAAAAUGGAAUAUCUGAGUGCACUUAAGAAAGACCUUGAAAUGGCAAUAGAAGGUAUAUACAACGUGGCUUCCGUGCAUCUGCGGUUUACGUACUAUUCCGUGUUCAAGAUGCUGGCAUUGUUUGAUGUAAUAAUACAAAAAAUGAGAAAAGGAGAACUUUGGAGUGCUAUUUUGAUUUUGGAAAAUGUGAAGGCGAUGAACGCAAACACAGUAAAAGGAUUGGGCAUGACUUUGUCCCUGGAUCUGAAUGACCAAACAAGUAUCGUAGACCAACUACGCUCAAGGAACUUCUUAGUGGAUUUAUCAGUUAAGGAUAUUGUUGAACUAUAUGAAGGAGUGAGAUGCGCAAAUCUGCGAACCCAAACAUUAAAAAGCAAUUAUGUAGAAAGUGAAACCAUGAAAUAUGAAACCCCUUCUGCCCCUCUGCGCAAUUCACCUCUUGACAAUUUGGAUAAGCUGACUUCUGUGGCCACAAUGAGCCAAAAUUCUGAUUUUGAAUCAAACUUGGGUGAUCAAAGAAGCAGUAACUCAGGGAAAGUUCCUGGAGAGAACCGGUCACAGCUAGCUGAGGAUAACAGGGCAAAUGGAGAGGGGGCCAUUUUCCGUUUCGGCCCUUCGACGGAAAAUGAACCAGAAAUUGGUGCAGGAUCAGAGAUGCCAAUGGAAUUUUCAGGCUUAUUCGGUGGACUAGACCUUUUUGAUUAUGAUUUCUUGUUUUCGAACGACCUCUAG